AUGUCAAAAGAGCAUAAAAAGUCUAAGAAACGAAAACAUAAUGAAAUUGAAGAGAAAACUUUUUUACAGGAAAUUAAAAAAAAGAGGAAGAAAGAAAGUUUAAAGAAUAAAUCUACAAAAAAUGAUAUGGUACCAAUAAAUCCAUUUUAUUGCCUUAAAAUCGAAUCCUAUAUUUCAAUUCCUCCUAUUUAUUCUAGUUCUCCAAUGAAAGGCGUAGAAUAUUAUCUUGAUACGAUGAUUUUAAGUUAUCUGCCAAAUAUACAAGGAAUUAUGCUUGCACAUAGAAAUUGUGAGUUUAUUGAUAAAACGGCGAAGAUAUAUCAUGAAAGCCCAUUUGCUUUUGCAUGGGUUCAAUUUGAAAUGCUUGUUUGGAAAACAAAGACAGGUGAUUUUUUAGAAGGAAUAGUUAACUUACAAUCACCUUCACAUAUAGGUCUUUUAGUAAGUGGAUUUUUUAAUGCUUCAAUACCAAAAAGUGCCAUUCCUAAAGCUUGGAUGUAUCAAGAAAUCAUGUCUCAAGAAGAGGUGGAACAAAAUGAAAAUGGAUAUUGGAUAGAUCAAAAUAAAAAAGCAGUUAAAAUUGGUGAUAAAAUAUCUUUUUGGACGGUAAAACUUGAAACGAUUGGAGGAAUCGUCAGCAUAGAAGGAACUCUUUUAUCAAAAAAUUUACAAACAAAUAAUAUACAAUAA